AUGGAGUCCACAAUGCAGCAACGGCGCGAUGAGAUUCUCGCAAAGAAGGCCAAAUUGGCCGAAUUGAAGCGCCAGAGGGAACUGAGAAAGGCAGAAUCCGCUAGCAGGCAAUCCAUGACUGGCAGCCCACUAGGAGAAGUCCUUUCACCAACACCAAGACGCAGCGAAGACCUCGACCGCAGGACCGAUGUCACCAACCUCAUCAACAGCAUUCUUGGGGAAAGUAGGCCUGGCUCUACACAGCCUGGCUCUCCAGCAGGCGCUGGACGAGCAACCCGACCGACCUCAGUAGUCAGCGCAGGACAACUGAGCAGCGACAAUGAAGGAUCCUCCGGCUUCCAAGCGCCUACCGGCAUGGUGGACCGAGAAAUGCAGACUCUCUCCCUGGGCCCGCUGGCAACAGUCUACGAGACUGAUGGCGUCGUCACAAACGAGGUCAAGAAGGAGAAGGAAAUCAUCACAUACAGCAAGGGUGUACAAGCAAGCAUAGAGUGGAGCCCGUCGAAAGAUCGAGGAGUUGGGGGAAGUGACACAGAGCGCAACGAGAGCCCAACGCGGUCACCAAAGAGCAAGAGGCUGAGCCGGAGGCAGAAGGAGAGGGACGAAGAGAUUAGAGCGCAGUUGCGCAAGGAAAUCGAGGAGGAGCUCAAAGCUGUCCAACAAGCACCUGAGGAGGGUGCACCGCAACCAGGCUCAGACGAGAACUUUCCCUUCAAGACACUCACAAACGAAGAAUUGACGGCUGUGGAGAACUCGGAAGACUUCAUUGGCUUCGUCGAGCGCAGUACCAAAGUGUUGGAACGAGCGCUCGACCAACAACUUGACUAUGAUAUCUUGGCAGACUACGCAAUUGGUGGUGUAGACGUCGACGACGAUGACGAGGGUUAUGGCUCCAGCGGAGGCAAGAAGGGUCGGCGGAUCAAGGAAAUUGCACAAUUCUGGGAUGAGCGAUGGAGCAAGAAGAGAAUGAUCUCGGAUCUAGGGUUCUCUACAAAGUUCCCAGAACUCGUCCUUGCGUCAUACACAAAGAAUCCGUCCGCUCCGCACGACCCAGACGGUCUUGUACAAGUUUGGAAUAUGCACAUGCACGAUCGACCUGAGUACAUUUUCCACGCUCAGUCUGAUAUCCUCACCGCGAAAUUCUCCCCGUUCCAUCCCAACCUCAUCAUCGGAGGCGCAUACUCAGGACAAGUGUUGCUUUGGGACACCCGCGCGAAGUCUGCGCCAGUGCAGAAGACGCCACUCACUGGCUCCGGUCAUACACAUCCGGUCUACUCGCUGGACAUUGUUGGAACCCAGAACGCAAACAACAUCAUCUCAUGUUCCACGGACGGAGUUGUGUGCGGAUGGACCGUCGAUAUGCUGUCACAACCCCAGGAGUUCCUCGAGCUGACAUCACCGCCACCAGCGAAGACUGACGAUAUGGCGGUGACUAGCAUUGCCUUCCCUCAGUCAGAUCCAACCUAUUUCCUCGCCGGCACAGAAGAGGGCACUAUUUACCCUUGCCAUCGCUAUGACAGAGCCGGCGCGAAGGCAGGUGUAGAUGGUCGCGUCAAAUACACCGGCCAUGCCGCACCUGUUAUGAGCCUCGACUUCCAUCCUGCCAAGGGUCAGAUUGAUCUAGGUGACCUUGUCCUCUCAUCAAGUGUUGACUGGAGCGUCAAACUUUGGAAGGUCCGUCCACCAGCUGCCACAGGCGCUACCAAUCCCACACUUCCUGGUGCCACGCAACAAGUCACACCUGUCCUUGAUAUUGCACGCGAAGAUCUUGUCUACGAUGUCCGAUGGUCGCCCGUCAAGCCUUCGGUCUUCGCGCUUGUGGAUGGAGCAGGAAGUCUCGAAGUUUGGGAUAUCAACGUCGACGUCGAGGUGCCUGUUCAAUCGGUGAAGCCUAGUGACGGCAAGCGUGGCGCGUUUACGAACAUGCCGACCGGUCUGGGCUACAUGAACCGUAGUCUCAACAAGUUGGCAUGGGAGAGGAACGAGGGACGCAGGGUUGCCGUGGGUGGCAUGGAUGGCGUCGUCACCGUAUUCGAAGUGGGUGAUGACCUUGGAGGUGUACAGACACGUAGUGAGGAGUGGAGUGGCGUCAAGAGGCUGGUAAACCGGUUGGAGGGCCACGGAGAUGGUGUCAACGGGAAGUGA